AUGGCGAUCUCAAUCCUCAGUAUACUCAGUCAAACAAAAGUCAGAUUGCUCCAACUCAAAGGACAAUUCUCUCAUUUUCAAAAAGGUACCAUGUCCAUCUUUGAAUAUAUUGAAAAAGUUCAGUCCAUAUUUGAUGCUCUCACGGUGGUUGGCUCUCCUGUUCAAGAUCAAGAUCUGGUUCUUAAAGUUUUAAAUGGUUUAGGGCCAAACUUUGAUUCAAUUGUAUUUGGGAUCACUUCAAGAAGUAAUAAUCUCACCAUUGAAGAAGUUCAAGCUCUUUUUCUGUCCUAUGAAAGUAAGCUAGAACAUCAUCACCAAAUGAAUGAUCUGUCAAUGAGACAGAAGAAGUCCAAGCUCUUCUUCUGUUCCUUCAUAUAG